AUGACGGGACACCAUAUCACCCAUCUGAUUGGACUUGUCAGCAGUUACUGUUGCAUGCUACACAUUUGCCAGGGUCAAGACACACAGUGUGCUCUAGCAGUGAGAUCACAUUGUGACAAUAUCAGUGCAAAUGGUUUCAGUGGAGGAACAAGUGUGCAGGGAGUCAGUGCGCAUGUGCCUUUGAAUUCUGAUUUGGAGAAGAGAAUUAUUGAAGCUUUUGAAGUAUUUGAUCAUGCUGGGAACAAAUCAAUUGAUGUUCGUGAAGUCUGUACUAUUGUCCGUUCCUUAGGAUGUUGUCCAACUGAAGCAGAAAUACAAGAAAUUCUUGUUGCAGUUGAAGAUCAAGAAACAUCAGGAAGUGUUCAGCUUGACAAAUUUUUACCAGUAAUGAAACAGAUAAUCCAGGAAAACAGAUUGCAACCAGCUUCACCUGAAGAACUCUUAAAGGCAUUCCUGACACUGGAUCCAGAGAACAAGGGGUAUCUCACCAAAGAUUUUCUGAGUAAAGCAAUGAUGGAAGAAGGUGAACCAUUCACUCAGGAAGAAUUGGAUGAAAUGAUGGCUAUUGCUAUUGAUGGUGAAACAGGGAACAUCCCUUAUGAAUACUACAUUAAUCAGUUGAUGAGAUUGAAAGUUUUUCUUAAUGUUACACUAAAACUUACUAAUUUUUAUUUAUUUUAUUUUUCAAGUCAAACACUAUACAUCUGUGGUACAUCUACACAUAUAACUAAAAUCAAAUUCCCCAUCAUGUUUUUCUGCCUAUAUAUGAAGGCUAGGCAGUGUUACCUAUGGUUAGUUGUAACUAUUACUGCUAAUGAUCCAGCAGAGGGUAGCCUAAGAGAUCAGUCAGUGCAAUACUGGUAUAUAAGACAAAAGUAA